CUUCCCAGGCCCUUGCAGGAGCAGCUGGGAUGCAUGCAGGUGGAGCUGCUCCCCUCCAGACCAUGUGGGGCGGUGGUAGGGCAGCUGCAAGAAAUUGGGAUCUGGCACAGGGGCCCUUUUAUUCAAAGAUGCUGGAGCCUGGAGCAGCUGGAGGUAAGGGGAGAAGAAUAAAAUAUCUGCACAUUGUGGCAGUGUUUCAUGGGGACUCUCAGUGUGCCUCAGGUGUGGUGGGACUGGUAUCAGAGACAAAGGUCUCUGCCUUCCUGGUGUGAUCCCAUGCAUGACUGUUCCACUGCUGCCUGUUCUCUCCUGACUGUGGUUCAGGGAUGUUGUUUGAGAUGAGUGAGGGGCAGUUGUGUCCAAGGGAGACAUGGCGAUGGUUUGCACCACAGGACUUCAACAAGGAAGAGAAAUUGGAAAGGAAGAAAUGCUGGAAAGGGGUGUGUUUGCAUCAACGGCUUUUGCAGGAGGGAAUUGAGGUGCAUCCCAGGAGCUACAAAUACUUUUGCUGGAUGCUGAGUCACUGAUUUUAUUGGGGAUUUGGGGAGGAACAUUGUCAACCUUCGGCCCUUGAGUCCUGGUUUCUGCAGAGAAAGCAGUAGAAAGGAGAGAGCAUCCUGAAAGCCCUGCGCUCCAGCCAGGGACCCUGGCAGCCAAGCAGGGUACGUGCCAGCCCCAGGCAAAAGCUGCCCUUUUGCAGCCCUUACAACUUUCUUAGAGCUUCCCAGGCUGGUCUUGAGUGAAGUUGUACAGAAACCACCUGAUUUCCCAGCAUGGAUGUGCCUCUUCAUGUGGCCACUGCUCUGCCUCCCGCCCCUCUCAGAAAGGGGAAGGAACACAAAAAAACCAACCCAAAAUGCAAAUCAUGGCACUACUGAGUGGGCUGGAUGUGGAAAACAAUGUCUGUGACUCAGCACAGAAAGAGUCACAUAGUUGGAAUUUAAAACAAGUCCAAGCCCAGCACUGUGGGCAUAUGGCUCAUGGAGUGCUGGGCAGUGCCUCCCCACGAGGGAGCUGGGUGGGCAGGGGGAAGUGCCAGAGCCUUGUCUUAGACCAGCUGUGCCAGAGAGGUUAACACAGGGUGACAAACUGGGGAAAACAGUGCUCCUGGAAACAGUGGAGCAGACCUGUGAGGCUGUGUCACAACUGUGCUUGUGCUCAGUGCCUGUGGCCAGGCUUGGGCAGAGCUCCAGGAAGGGAGAUGAACCUCCUGUGUCACCUGACACCCACAUUUUUCCCCUGGGGGGAUGCAUGAGACAGAUGGUGGCAGAGCUGGGCACAGAAACCGCUCCUGAAUGCUGACAGGAGCUGCAGAGUGAGCCUUUCCAUAGGCAACCACAUUAAUUUAUUAACCAGAUUUAUUAACACAUGCAAGGGUAUUUCCUGCUCCAAGGGUGUUGUCUUGUUAUUCUUCCCGAGUUUCUUGACAGCAGAUGCUUCCUCCUGGCACAGCUUUGGAGGCAGCAGAUACUGCUCCAGUUUUUUAAGACACAGCAAUGAAAGUUCCUCCCUGUAUUCCCUUGUGCUGCCCAGCAGCGUCCCCUCUUGCACCGUGCUCUGAUCCUGCUCAGGUUGGAGUUUGCCCCGUGGCCUGGUGACAGAUGUGCACAGCCACAGCACCCUUGGCAGAGCCUGCGGGGCAGCCCAGACACACCUUCAAGAGGGAGGGAGGCUAGAAAUUGAUUCUGGGGAAAUCCAAACGUCUGGGACUUGGGGUAGGAGCUGUUGAGCUUUCUCCUUCCCAGCUACCUGGUACAGAGCAGCCAUGCCCCCAGACUUUUCUAUGCCAGAUGCUUUCAAGUAGUCAGCUUCCCCCUGGCUCCACACUUUUUUCAGCUCCGUAUGCUCAGUUUUGGAAGUGGACACUGACAGAGCUGUGGGCUGCACCUGCCCAGGUGUUCCCUGGGAGUACUCAAGGCACUGCCAUGGCUCUGGCAAAACAUUUGCUUGUUCAGCAUCCUCAGUUGUACCCCUACACACCUUUUGUGGAGUUGCUUUGUGUGUCAGUGCUUCCGAUUGCCCCACAGAAGCUGCCUGUAACCUCAGGAGAUCAGUUUGCUUAAUUGGCCCAGUCUCCAGAAGCAUUUUAUAUCCUUUUUCAGGCCAAUGUGCACCAAAAUCACUCACAUCUUGUCUCCUCUGUCUCUGGAAUCCUGUGUCUCUGUGAGCACCCAGACAGUUCCUCCUGUGUUUCUAUCUUGAGACAUACCACAUUGUCCAUGAGAGAUGCUGGGAAGGGAAGUGGAGAAUGUGGGGGGAGGACACACUCAAAGGCACCCACACCCUGACUCUCUUUUGUUGCUGUCACAUCCCCAGCUGUUGGGCCCUUACUUCCCACAUGCUCCUGCAGCUGAGUUUCUGAAUGAGAGAAGCAGGUCCUGUGGAAAGUCCAGAAAUUUUGGGAGCUGCCUGGGUGGCCACAGAUAUGAGAGAGGUGGGAGCCCCUCGCCAGAACCUCACUGACCCCCUCUCCCUCGUCAGUCCAGGAUGGUCCCCGCGGGUUGGGUGUCCUUGCCCAGCAGCACAGCCGAUCCCACGCUGGCUGCUGCCGCCCGGAGCUGGGGUGGUGCCUGGGGCUGGGGGGCUGGGACAAGCCCAGUGCCGCCGCGAGGGAGGGCCGGGUUCAGGUUACGGCCUCGUACAGAAAUGAGUGGGGCUGCGAGAGUCCAAUGAGGUUUCUGGUGCCGCGGCAGAGGUGUAUUAAAGGCGAGUGUCCGGGCGGCUGCGGGCUCCGGCAGUGUCCCCGGGCAUGGCGGGGCCGGGCAGCGACGGGGACCUGCGGCGCCUGCUGAAGCUGCACCGCACCGAGAUCGCCAUGGCAGUGGACGACGUCUUCCCACUGCUGCAUGGCCUGGCUGACCACGAUGUCGUCCCUGAUCACAUCUUCAAGGAGACGCUGAGCCGGACGGAGCGGGAGGGCUCCCACCGCGCUUUCCACGCGCUGCUCACCUGGCUGCUGGGCCGCGACUCUGCCGCAGUCCGCGACUUCUGGGCCGUCCUCUUCAAGGACUACAACCUGGAGCGGUACUCCCGGCUCCGGCCUCUCCGCGGCGCCUUCCCCAGAGAGGUGGAGCUGGGGCGGCAGCGCCGUGGAAGGCGCUUCUCCCCGAGCCCCACAGCACCGGCCCCACACAGACCCCAAGGCAAGAGGAAAGCCCCUGAGGAGCGGGACAAGGCCCGGGCAGCACAGUCCGCUCCACGGCACAGCGCCAGUCCUGGGCCCCUGAUGAAGGCAAAGACUGUGAAGAAGCCGGAGGGCACAGAUACCCCCCGCACUUCUCGUGCCAGCGCCCUCCAGGCAGUGGCUGCUUCGGUGCAGAGGGCAGUGGCUGUGGCAGGUGGUGAGGUGCCCGUCAGCCGUGGGGCCAUCGAGGGCAUCCUCAUUAAACAUGUGCUGGAUCCACGCAGCUCCAAGACAGUCAGCAGAGCUGAGGAUGAGCCAUAUAACCCUGCUGCCUGCGAGGAGCCAGAGGCCAGGAGCAGAAGCCACAGCCUGAAGCCCUCUGCCCAGCCCAAGGCAUGCCAAAGUGUAGAGACACCCCCCUCAUAUGUUUUGACCCCCAUCUUGUGCAGCUGCCAAGGCUGUGGCAGGGGGUUGUUUCUGCAUGGUAUCAUAGCCAUGGCCUGGGAGUGUCCCCCAGUGCAAGCAGUGCCUCUCCAAGCCCCUUCUUGUGUUGCCAACAGAACAGGGAACCCCAACUGCACCCCCAGGGCCAGCUGCCAGCAGCCACUGUGUUCAGCCAGGACCCUGUGCCCCAGCAGGAUUGGACAGGAGAAUGAGGAUGAGUGUGCAGCAUGCGGUGAUGGUGGUGAGCUCAUCUGCUGUGACGGCUGCCCCAGGGCCUUUCACCUUGCCUGCCUGGUGCCCCCACUGCCCCAUUGCCCCCUGCCAUCCCUCACUGCACUGCUCCCACUGUGCAGCGGGACAUGGCGAUGUGGCUCCUGUGUGGAGAACGUGACUGAACCAGGCCAACUGCUGGAGGCAGACUUGCCUGUGGAGAGACCCCCCGAGAUCCUGGGAGAGGCGACACGGGACACCCAGCUGGGUGGAGUUGAGGGAAGUGUCUGCAGCCGCUGCUGCACCCAGAUCCCCACUGCUCGACACUGUCCUUCUCCCAAUGGGGACCCCAGGGGGCUGCUGCUGUGCACAUCCUGCAUGGGCACCCUGGACACAGGUGGCGUGGGCACCACCUCAGCAGCUGGAGACCAACUGCUUCCAGCAGCCAAGGCAGAGGACGGAGCCCUUGGCAGUGACACUGUGCUGAGCCGGGAUGAGCUCGAUGCACUGCUAGGUGAGAGCACGUGGGAUGGGAUCUUGCAGUGGGCAUUCCAGACUAUGGCACGGCCGCUCGCAGAAACACAGGGGCUCCUUGCCUAGUGCACAGAUCAAGCAGCGGACUCCACAUCCCAAGCUAUGAAAAAACAGCCUCUGAGAAAGAUGCAAAACAAAAUGCAAACAGGCAUCACAGCUGCCCAAAAAUCCUGACAGAAAAAAACACAAGAGAACAUAAGAAAAAUACUGAGACAAAGGAAAAUAGCAGGUCACAGCUAGUGACACUCAACAGAGAAAAUGCACAAUGAAAAAGUGAAUAAAUAACAUCACAGAGAAAAUACAAAAGGUGAUUGAAAAAAAAUAU